AUGACAAGACCAUCCAAUGUUUUAUCUUCCACACUUGAUCUUCUUCGAGUUAUAGGGGGUCUAAUACUAGCCAAUGCCCUCCUAUCCUGGUGGUUUACGAGCUCUCCUACUUGGGGAUAUGACGGAAGAUGGGUUGACUACAGGUACCUUAAGUUCAGAGCAUUUGAGCUGCCAGUUCGUCUAACACUCGACGAAUUGUCUCUCUAUAAUGGCACGAGCCCAGAACUACCUAUAUAUGUUGCUAUCAAUGGCACUGUUUAUGACGUUACCAGCUCACCAAGGUUUUACGGUCCAGGUGGAACUUACCAUGCAUUUAGUGGAAGAGAUAGUGCUAGGGCAUUUGUUACUGGCUGCUACGACAAGGAAGACGAAUUGACACACGACCUUAGAGGACUUGAUAAAGACGAAAUAGAGGACCAGCUUGGUGGCUGGAUCCGCUUCUUUGGGAACAAUCGUCGUUACUGGGUUGCAGGUACUGUCGACCUCCCAGAACCCACCGGGGAAAUACCUCUGCCUUGUGAACAUCAAAGGUAUCCUGGCCAUGCAUGA